AUGGCGACAGACGCUCCCCCCGCCGCGGUCCCCGCCGCCGAUGCCGCCGCCGAUGCCGGCGCCGGCACGUCCGCCGCGGCGACGGAGAAACUAAGCGAAGCGCUCGUGCCGAUCCACAAGGAGCUGCUGGACCUGCGCGACACGCUCAAGGCGAUGCAGGCGGCGAAGACGCCGCCGACGGAGGAGGCGCUGCAGCCGCUGCAGGAGCGGCUCGACGCGGUGGACAACAAGCGCGUGGACGGCAUCUUCGGCGGGUCGCUCAAGACUGUCAUUCCCGAGGGGCAGGCGAUUCUGCACGAGCUCAUGGACGAGGCCUACGAUUUGGUGGGCGAGCUCGUAGUCAAGGCGUCCGAGAUGCCGCCGGAGAUGAAGCAGAUCUACGACACGCUGUGCGGGCUGAAGCGCAAGCUGCAGAAGAUGAAGGCGGACCGGUCGUACUCGCUGGAGGACAUCCACCACUACCAGCUCAUGGUCGACGCCAUCGACUCGCGCCGCGUCGACGGGAUUUUUGCCGGGAACCUGCAGUCGAUCCCGCCGGGGCAGGCGCAGUGCAGCACGGUGCUGUUCCAGGUGUACGAGCUGCUGCGCAUCCUGCUGGGUUCCGCGCACGACAUGAACGCGGAGAUGCGGGGCAUCUACACGCACCUGAUUGGCAUCAAGCGCAAGCUGAUUGAGCUCAAGAGCAAGCACAUCAAGCACAGCACGGAGGACCUGCACAUCUACCAGCUGCAGCUCGAUGCCAUUGAUAGGGAUCGUGUGGAGGGGAUUUUCGGCGGCUCGCCCAAGACGGGCAUUCCGGCCGGGCAGGCGGUCUGCUCCACGCUGCUCGCGCAGUGCUUCAAGCUCGUGCAGGACUUGCAGGAAACGGCUACGGACGUAGCCAACAUGAAGUGGGAUUCCAGCCGUUCCUUGAGCAUCCCGUCCUCGCCGUCCCACCCCCUGAACGCCGACUCCCGCUUCGCGUCGGUUCCGACAAUCCCUCAGUCAGUCCCUGCGACGCGACCCGCGGCUCCGAAACGCGGGUCGUCUGGGAGUUUCAAGGAGAGGCUACAACCGGUAAGCAGUCGUGCGGCGUCAGCGGCGUCACCGGCGUUAGCGGUACCAGCGAUACCAGUGGCAACUGCGGCGGCAGAUUCGGACGCAGCUACAAGGCUAAGCGGUGCCAAUAGCGCAGGUUUCGGCGGAGGAAGCAGUCUCGGCGACAGAUUCGGCACCAGGAGCGAGGGAUACGGAAGCGAAAAUUUCUUCUGGCGGGUCGAUGCGCGGGCUCAAGAGCUGGUGGCGCAGUGGCGAGAUAUAACGGAUUUGGCGGCUUCCGCGCCUCCUCCGCCGCCUCCUCCGCUAGUCGCGCUUGAGCGGCGGCUGGACGAGGCGGAGGAGUGGCUAGGAGCAGCUGCGGCAGCGCUCGGCGCGCUGAGCCGCUCCUUCGUGCGAGCCGCCGCCGCGCGUUUCCCGCGCGGCCAGCGGUGGGAGAAUGCGGCGGCGCCGAGCCGCCGGCAAGCGAGAUUGAGUGUGGAAAGCGGAAGGAGUCCGGUUGGGUUAAGAGGGGUGAAGGUUCGGCUGGCGGUGAGCGGAAAGCAGGCGGAAGCGAAGGAGGCGGAAGAGCGGAGGCUGCUGCAGGCAGCUGCUGUGUGGUGGGUUCGCUGGAAUCGUGUCGCGGACCGCCGUCGCGCCUCUAGACCUCAUCCGGACGCAUCUCAUCAGCAGCAAUGGCCUGCCCGGCGCGCACAAGACCGCAGCGAGCGUGUUCUCCGCAAUUAUGGCGAAAGACGGCUGGAAGGGCUUCUUUCGAGGCAACGGGGUGAACUGUCUGCGAGUGGGGCCGCACAAGGCAGUGGAGCUCUGCACGUUCGAGAUGCUGAAGCGCCUGCUGUGCCGCCCGGGCCACCCGUUGCAGCACGUUCGGCGGCGCCUGUAUCAGGCGCAGCGGCAGGGCUGGCGGGCACGCUGCUGACAUACCCGCUGGAGCUCAUCCGCACGCGCAUCAGCGUUCAACCUGAGCUGUACCGCGAUUUGGGAUCCACAGUUAGAAAGAUCGUGCAGGAAGAGGGCGCCCUCUCUCUGUACCGAGGCCUAGUGCCGUCCCUCCUAGGUGUGGUGCCCUAUGCGGCCACCAACUACUUUGUGUACGAUGCGCUGCGCACCGCGUACAGGAAGGCCACCGGCAGAGAGCACGUGCCUAACGAGGCAACGUUGCUCUUUGGCGCUGCUGCCGCUUCCGCCUCCAGUGCCGUCACGUUUCCCCUUGAGGUGGUCCGGAGGAGGCUACAGCUCGGCGUGACAGCCGCAGGCGCUGGUGUUGCAGGGAGACAGACAGCUAUCACCAUUCUCAGGGGUAUUGUUGAGACAGAGGGCGUGCUGGCUGUGUACAGAGGGCUUGGGACCACGUGGUUGAAGCUGCUCCCUGCUGCUGGCAUCUCGUUUGUGUGCUAUGAGGCGGCGCGCGUGGCGCUGAGGGUGGAUGAUGCGAGCAUGGCGAGAGGGCAGGAGAAGAAGGGUGGCAGCAGCAGUAGCAGCAGUAGCAGCGCCGGGGGUUGGUGA